AUGUGCGUUUUAUUCUGUUAACAUUCACAGAAGUGAUGUGGCAGAUUUUUAUGUUGUAUCUUGUGGUGUCUGUCCAUGGAAAGUAUGAGAAUAUCAAUGUCAAGCUGGACUGGUGGGAAAACGCUGUUUUUUACGAGAUUUACACGAGAUCUUUCAUGGACAGUGACGGAGAUGGAAUUGGUGAUAUAAAUGGGAUAAAUUCCAGGUUGGAUUAUUUAAAGGAAAUAGGUGUAGAUGCAGCGUUUCUGUCUCCAAUAUUUAAAUCUUCUAUGCACGACUUUGGAUAUGACGUAUCUGAUUAUUAUACUAUCCAUCCGGAAUUUGGCACUAUGGAAGAUUUUGAACAGCUGUUACGGAGAGCCAACGAUUUCAAUAUAAAGAUCGUUUUGGAAUUUGUCCCGAAUCACACCAGCAACGAGAGCGAAUGGUUCAUAAAGUCUUUGAAUAAGGAUGAGUUUUAUGCCGAUUGGUACAUAUGGGAGAAAGGGCAUAUGGACGACCGAGGACGUACCAGCCCUCCAAACAAUUGGAUCAGCUUGUUCAGAAGAAGUGCAUGGACGUAUGCCCCACAUCGGGACCAAUAUUAUCUGCAUCAGUUUGGCGACGCUCAACCCGAUCUCAAUUACAGGAACCCUGUCGUUUUGGAUGAAAUGAAGAACAUAAUAAAGUUUUGGCUCGAAAAGGGUGUAGCUGGUAUGAGGAUGACAUCCGUAAACUUCUUGUACGAAGCUGAUAAAGAAAUGUAUGGCGGUAGAUACCCUGACGAGCCACUGACUGGAAAACCUGGACUAGGCCCAAGUGACUAUAACUAUUUAGAACACGUCUAUACCAAAGAUUUGGAGGAAGGAUAUGAUAUAAUAUCGCAGUUCCGUGAAGUGUUUGAUUCGAUUAGCCUUAGAGAUAAUUUAACUAGGGUAAUGAUGACAGAUGCUCACACAAACAUCAAGAAUGCAGUGAAGUAUUACGGAGAUUCACCUCUCUACGGUGCUCAUAUUCCUUUCAACUUUGCACUAAUAGAAGAUAUAGGGAGAGAACCGGAUGCCCGAGAUAUCAAGUAUAGUGUCGAUCGUUGGUUGACAUAUAAACCGCUAAAUAAACGAGCUAAUUGGGUGAUUGGCAGUCAUGACAUAAGUCGUGUUGCCUCUCGCUACAGGGGCGAAUUGGUGGAUGCUUUCAAUAUGCUUGUACUUCUGCUGCCAGGAGUCGCCAUUACUUACAUGGGAGAAGAAAUCGGUAUGACUAAUGGGUUUGUGCCGUGGGGAAAAACAAGAGACCCUCAGGCUUGUAAUACUGAUGACCCAAUAGGGUACACAGACGUGUCCCGGGAUCCUGUUAGAACGCCCUUCCAAUGGAGCAAGGGCAAAAAUGCAGGUUUCUCCAAUGGAGACCGCACUUGGCUCCCAGUGGCUGAUGGAUUUGAGCAAAUAAACGUGGCCGACGAGAGGUCAGCUAUGAGAUCCCACUAUCAAGUAUACAGAAGCCUGGCGCUUCUUAGAACUAGACCGGCAUUCCGUCUCGGCAGAUAUGAGUCGCUUGCUCUCAACAGUGAUGUCUUUGCUUUCAAAAGAUGGUACAAUGACGAUACUUACGUGGUGGUAAUGAAUGUCGGGAGGACGUACCAUUUCAUCAACCUAACGGCAAUUGAUCUGAUAUUCGGUACUUUGGAGGUCGAAGUCAGUAGUGUCCUAUCAUCACGAUCUUAUAGCGAUCUUGUUCAAGCAAAUAAUCUGGACUUAGCGGCCGACGAAGCUUUAGUUUUAAGAAUGCAAGUGUAAAAAACGAUCAAAUUCCUAUAUAAACAACUGAAUUUUAUUAAACUGUUUAUUCAAUUAAAAUUACUUUGACGAAGGAGCAUGAUGUUCAGGAAUGGCAAACUUUGUUUUGGAUACCAUUUGGUCCAUAAAGAAAACGUGGUUACCAAGAAGGAUAUACCUAUGUGGCAAUAAUAGUCUGAAAACUAAGGAUGCCAAAGACCAUGCAAAGUGGAGAAUAGAAAGUAGGAAAGCGGACCCUGGGCUCAAUAGCUUAACUCUGAUGGAGGAGCUUCUACUUCAGAAAUAAUUAAAAAAAAAUAAAAGUCACAUUGCAUAAAGGCUAAAAACACAUCAAAGUCACCUUAAAUAAAGAAAAAUCGGUUCUAUCCUUGGCAGUUACGUAACACGUCAAACGUACUCGAGAGCUAAAAAUAUGGAGAAACAAAAUAUAUUUCAAAUUGAAUUUGGUUCUUUUUGAAUUCUUCGUGACAUCUUAUGUCGUCACACUAAGAGUAUGUUUUCGACAACAAUAUACGGCCGUGGCGCUUUUUUUGCUCGACUUUAGGGGCUACUGCCGUGCCCCUAAAUUGUUCUUAUAAGCGUAUAUAAUAUUUAUAGUCCCCA